AUGUCAACAAUUACAUCAUCUGAAACAACCAUCACUACGCCAGCUGAGACAAUCUCAACACAUACACAUAUUGAGAUAACCUCAACAAUUACAUCAGCUGUGAACACCUCAGGAACCUCACUACUUCCGGCCAUAUCAACAAUUACACCAAGUUCGACUAUAUCAAUACCUAUACCAGAUGAAACAACCUCAACGCCUACAGCACCUGAAACCUUACCUACUCCAGGGAAGACCAGCGCAACAAAUACGCAAGAUCAGAUAACCUUAGCAAUCGCUGAGACCACAUCAAUAACUGAACCGCAUGUCACCACCUCAACAGGUAUACCAGCUGAGACUACCUUAACAGGUACAUCAGCUGUGACCAUCCUGACAACUACACCAGCUCAGACCACCUCAACAACAGCACAAGCUGAGACCACCUCAAUAGCUACGUCAGCUGAGACCAUCUCAGCAAAAUUGCCAUCAGAGACCAUCUCACCAGCUUCACAAGCAGAGACCACCACAAGGGCUGUACCAGCUGAGACCAUCUCAAUAACUUUACAAAAUGAAGCCACUGCAACAGUGAGAGGAGCUGAGACAACAUCAACAGUGACAUCAGCUGAGACCACCUUGACAACAGAAGCUGAGACUACCUCAACCAUUACACAAAAAGAGACCAGCUCAACUAUUACACCAGGUGUGAGAAGAUCAACAACCACACCAGGUGAGACCACCACAAUAAUGACACCAGCUGAAACCAUCUUCGCAACAACAUCCUCUGAGACCACAAAAGCAACUACACCAGCAGAGCACACCUCAAUGUCUAAACCAGCUGUGACCAUCUCAACAGUGACAAUGGCUGUGGCCUCCUCAACGUUUGCACCAGCUGAGACCACCUCAGCAGGUACACCUCUUGAGACCACAUCAACGCCGACACCAGUUGAGAUGAUCUCAACAUUCGUAACAUCUGCACCAGGUGAGACCACCUCAAUUCCUCCAGCAGGUGAGACUACAUCGACAACUACACCAUUUGAAUCCUCCUCAAUAACUACGCUGGCUGUGCCCACUACAAUGCAUAAACCAGCAGAGGUCACCUCAGUAACUACACCAAAUCAGACAAUAGCUAUAACUACACCAGCAAAGACCAUGCCAACUUUAACAACAGGUAAGACAAAAUUGGCAGGUACAUCAGUUGAGAUAACAUCAACAACUACAACAAGCGAGACCAGCACGAAAAUAACAGCCGUUGAGACCACCUCAACCAUCAUGUCACCACUAGUACCUAUGUCCACCUCAACUGCUAAAGAAGGCGAGAUCACUUCAAUAGGGACACAGACUGAGACCAGCUCAGCAGGAAAUUCUGCUGAGACGACCUCACCAGUGACAUUAGGUAGGCCCACUACAACAACCAAACCAGCUGAGACCACUUCAUCAACUGCACAAGCUGAGAUGACAACAACUAUGUUAGCUGAGACCAUACCAACAGGAACCUCUACUAAAAGUACCACUACUUCUUCACCAGUUGUGACAACCCCUGCAACUCCAAUAACUGAGAUCACAGUUACACGAGUUCAGACGGCCUCAACAGCUGUACCAGUUAAGAGCACCUCAACAGUAGCAACAACUACUGAGGCCACCUCAAUGACAACCGCUGGCACAUCAUCAACAACAACAACUGCUGAGACCACCUCUGCAAUAUUGGCAUCUGAGAACACAUUAACCACUACAACAGUUGAGACCACUGCAACAACUAUACUAGACGUGACAGCCUCAACAGAGACAGCAGCUGAGACCACCUCACUGUUUUUAUUGGCUGAGACCACGUCAACAUCUAUACCAGCUAAGACCAUGUUAACAAUUACACCAGGUGUGACAGUCUCAACAGUAACACCAGCUCUGACCACAUUAACAAUGGCAGCAGGUGAGACCAGCUCAAAAACAACAGUCGCUGAGACAACCCCAACAACAAUACCAGCUGAGACAACUCCUACAGCAACACCAGCACAGACCACCUCAACAAUUACACCACAUGAGACCACCCCAACAGCAAUGCUAGCCGUUGCCACCUCAAUAACGACACCAGCUGAGACCAACCCAGCAACGACACCAAUGGAAACCACCUCAAAUACAAUAACACCAGCUGAGACCUUCUCAACUGUAACACGAGCUGAGACAGCCCAAACAGCGAUAUCAGCUGAGAUCACUUCCAGAGCGACACCAGGUGAGACCACAUCUAAGGCUACACCAGCUGAGACAACAUCUACAUUGAUAUCUGCUGAGACCAUCAAAACAGUAACAUCACUUGAGUCCUCCUCAACAGUGGCACCAGGGGAGGUCAUCACAACAACUACACCAGAUCAGACCACUUCAGCAGUGAUGCCUGCGGAGACCACAUCGACAGCAGCAUUAACAGAAUCCACCACAACAGCAGCGCAAGCAGAGAUCAGCUCAACCGUGACACCAGAGACAAUCUCAACAACUACACCAGCUGAGCCCAAUUCAACAGCAAUACAAGAUGAUACCAAAUCCAACACUACACAAGCUGAGACCGCAUCAACAGCUGAUACCACCUCAACAUUAAUAUCAGCUGAGACCAGCUCAAUGGAAACACCAGCCGAGAACUUCUCAACAGCAACACCAGUUGAAACAACCUCAACAGUGACAGCUUUACCAUCUGAAACCAUUGCAACAGUAACACCAGCUGAGACCACUACAACUGCUGCACCAGCUGAGACCACCUUAAUGGCAUCACCAGCUAAGACCAUCUCAACAGUGACACCAGAUGAGACCACCUUCAACACUAUAGCAGCUGAGACCACAUCAACAAUGACACCAGCUAAGACCAUCUCAACAGCAACUCCAUUUAACAGCUGGUCAACAACAACGCUAGUUGAGGUCAGCUCAGCUACUACACCAGUUGAGACCAUAUCAACAGCCACACAAGCUGAGACAACCUCAAGAACCACAACGAGUGAGUCCACCUUAACAAAUAAUCCAGAUCAGACCUCCUUAAAAGCGACAUCGGCUGAGCCCACCUCAACCGUAACACAGGCAGACAUCAUCUCAACAGCCACACUAUCAGAGACCACUUCAACAACCACACCCGCAGAGACUAUCUCAACAGCGACAUCGUUUGAGACCACAUCAAUGCUGACACCAGCUGAGAGAACAUUAACAGUAACCAAAGACACAACAUCAACAGUAACACCAGCUGAGACCAGCUCAACUACGACACUAGCUGAGAGCAUCUCAACAUCUACGCAAGCUGAGACAACCUCAAGAACUACGCCAGGUGAGACUACCUCAGCAAGUGCGCCCGCUGAUAUCACCACAACAGCAACACCAGUAGGGACCACCUCAACAGCUGUACUAGCUGAGGCAACUUCAGCAAUAACAACAGCUGAGACCACCUCAGCAGCGAUACAGGCUGAGACCACCUUAACUACCACAGCAAUUGAAACCAUCUCAACAACUACGCAGGUUGAAAACAAGUCAAAACCAGCUGAAACCACCUCAAAAGUGACACCGGCUGAGACCACCUCAACAUUGACACUGGCUGAGAGUGGCACAACAGCAACACCAGCUGAGACCACUUCAAUAGAGGCACUAGUUGACAGCACCCCAAUAGCAACACCAGAUGAAACCAAUUUAACAAUAACACCCACUGGGACCAGCUCAACUGCGACAUCUGAUGAGACCAACCCAACAGUGACUCAAGGGGAGACUAUCUCAAAAACUACACCAAGUGAGACCACCCCAACAGCUACAUCUGAUAAGAUCACUCCAACUGCGACACCAGCUGUGACCACCUCAGCAGCAACACAAGCAGAGACCACUGUAACGGCAACACCAGCUGAUACCAGCUCAGCAGCAAAACGAGCUGAGCCCAUCUCAACUAUUACAUCAGUGGACUACACAUCCACAGCUUCACCAGUGAAAACCAUUGCAACAGUGACACUGGAUGAGACUACCUCAACAGCAGCAGCCACUGAGACCACCACAACUGCUGCAUCAGCUGAGACCACCACAACUGCUGCAUCAGCUGAGACCACCUUAAUAGCAUCGCCAGCUGAGAACAUCACAACAGCAACACCAGCUGAGACAACCUCAAGAGCGACACCAGAUGAGACCACUGUAACUGCUGCAUCAGCUGACACCAUCUCAACAGAAACUCCAUUUAACAGCAGGCCAACAUCAACGCUAGUUGAGGCCCGCUCAGACAACACACCAUUGGAGACCACAUCAACAAAUACACGAGCUGAGAAAAUUUCAAGAACUACAGCCGGUAAGACCACCUCAACAGUGUUACCAAAUGCGACCGACUCAACACCAAUAGAGCUCACCUCAGCAUCCACACCUGCUGAGACCAACACAACAAUGACAUUUGUUGGCACCACUUCCACAUCAACAGCUUUACCAUCUGAAACCAUUGCAACAGUAACAUUUGCUGAGACCACUACAACUGUUGCACCUGCUGAGACCACCUUAAUGGCAUUACCAGUUAAGAUCAUCUCAACAGUGCCACCAGAUGAGACCACCUUCAACACUAUAGCAGCUGAGACCACAUCAACAAUGGCACCAACUAAGACCAUCUCAACAGCAACUCCAUUUAACAGCUGGUCAACAACAAUGCUAGUUGAGGCCAGCUCAGCUACUACACCAGUUGGGACCACAUCAACAACCACACAAGCUGAGACUACUUCAAGAACUAAACCAGGUGAGACCUCCUCACCAAUCACACUAGCUGAGGCCACCUCAACUAAUCCAGAUCUGACCACCUUAGAAGCAACACCAGCUGAGACCAGCUCAACCCUAACCCAAGCAGACAUCACCUCCACAGCGACAUUAUCAGAGACCACUUCAACAAAUGCACCUGCAGAGACUAUCUCAACAGCAACAUCAUUUGAGACCACAUCAAUGCUGACACCAUCUGAGAGAAGCUCAACAGUAACCCAAGACAUAACAUCGACAGUAACACCAGCUGAGAGCACCUUAACGACUACACAAGCUGAGACCAUCUCAACAACUAUGCCUGGUGUGACCUCCUCAGCAAAUACGCCAGUUGAUAUCACCACAACAGCAACACCAGUAGAGACCACUUUAACAACUGUACUAGCUGAGGCUACUUCAGCAGUAACAACAGCUGAGACCACCUCAGCAGCAAUACAGGCUGCGACCACCUCAACAGAUGAGACCUUCUCAACAGUGAUCCCAGCUGAGACCACAUCUACAGUGACACCAGCAGAGACUAGCUCAACAAUGACACCAGCUAAGACCAUCUCAACAACUACUCCAUUUAACAGCAGGACAACAACAAUGCUAGUUGAGGCCACCUCAACAACCGCAUCUGCAGAGACUAUCUCAACAGCAACAUCAUUUGAGACCACCUCAAUGCUGACACCAGCUGAGAGAACCUCAAAAGUAUCCCAAGACACAUCGACAAAAACACCAGCUGAAACCACCUCAACAGCUACACUAGGUGAAACUAUUACAACAGCUGCACAAACUGAGACCAUCUCAAAAGUAACACCAGCUGAGACUACCUCAACUACUACACUAACAGAGACUAUCUCAAAAGUAACACCAGAUGAGAUCACCUCAACAGUAACAUCAGCUGAGACCACUUCAAUAGUAUCAUCAGCUGAGGCCUCCUCAGCAAAUGCACCAGCUGAGACCACCACAAGAGCAUCGCAAGUGGAGUCCAGCACAACAGCAAUGCCGGCUGUGACCACUCCUACAGUGACACGAUCUGAGACCAUCUCAAAAGCAACACCAACACAGGCCCCUUCAAUAACUACUUCGGCAAAGACCAUCUUCACAUCUAUAGUUGAGACCACUCCAACAGCGGCACCAGCUGAGACCACUGUGACAACCAGGCCCCCAGAGACUACCUCCAUAACUACACCAGUUGAAACCAAUCCAACCGCAACACCAGCUGAGGCAUCUACACCCACAACACCAGUUGAGACCACCUCAAUAGAGAGACCAGCGCAGAUCACCGCAACAACGACAGAGGCUGAGAACACCUCAACAGUUACACCAGGUGAGUCCACUUCAACAAGUACAGCAGGUGAGACCAGGUCAACAGCGACAGUGGCUAAGGUAUUCUCAACAUCUAUGUCAGCUGAGAUCACCUCGUCAAUUUCUCCAGGCGAGGGAACCUCAAUAUCUACACCUGGUGGGACGAGCUCAACAACUACCCCAAGUGUGACCAUCUCCACAAUGACUCCACCUGUAACCACCCCAAGAGAGAUAACAGCAGAGACAGCUUCAACUGUGAGUCUGGCUGAGACCACCUCACCAGUGACACCUGCUGAGACCACCUCAGCAGCGAUAUCAGCUGAGACCAUCCCAACAACUACUCCAGAUGGCAUGAACCCAACAGCUACACCAAGAGGGACCAGAUCAACAGCGACACCAGCUGAGACCAGCUCAAUUAUUACACCAGCUGACUCCAUAACAACAGCUUCAGCAGCUGAAACCAUUGCAACAGUGACACAAGAUGAGACCAUCACAACUGCUGCAUCAGCUGAGACAACCUUAAUAGCAUCGGCAGCUGAGACCAUCUCAACAGUGACACCAGAUGAGACCACCUUCAAUGUUAUAGCAGCUGAGACAACUUCAACAAUGUCACCAGCUAAGACUAUCUCUACAGCAACUCCAUUUGACAGCAGGUCACCAACACCAACUGAGGCCAGCUCAAGCACUACACCAGUUGAGACCACGUCAACAACUGCAGAGACAACCUCAAGAAUUACACAAGGUGAGACCACCUCAAUAAUUACAUUAGCUGAGGCCACCUCAACAACUAAGCCAGAUCAGACCAACUUAACAACGAAAACCUUCUUAACAGCGAUACAAGAUGAGACUAGUGAAACUACACCAGCUGUGACCACUCUUACAGUGAAGCCAUCUGAGAUCACCUCAAAAACGUCACUGACAAAAGUCAAUUCAACAACUUCACCGGCUGAGACCACUCCUAUAGCCGCACCAGUUAAGGCAUCUUCAUCCAUAACACCAGGUGAGACCAACUCAAGAGAGAGAACAAGUGAGACUACAUCAACAGUGAGACCAUCUGAGACCAUCUCAACAACAACACCAGAUACACCCAUCCCAACAGUGACACUGCUCAAGACCAGCACAACUACACCAGCUGUGACCACUCCUACAGCCACAACAUCUGGGACCACUUCAUCAACUACACGCACAGAGACAACUUCCACAGCUACACACGUUGAGACCAAUCCAACAGCAGCACCAGAUGAGACCAGCUCAAGAACGAUUCCAGCUGAGAUCGGUUCAAUAGCGACAUCAGCUGAGACUACAUCAACAAUUACACCAGCUGAGACCACCAUAACAAUGACCUCAGAAGAGACCACCUCUUCAGUAACACGAGUUGAGACUACCUUAACAGCGACAGAAGCUGAGACCACCUCAACAGUUACACCAGGUAAGACCACUUCAACAAGUACACCAGGUGAGAGCAGGUCAACAACGACAGCAGUUGAGGUAUUCACAACAGCUAAAUCAUCUGAGACCACUUCAUCAAUUACCCCAGGUGAGACAAAUGCAACAUCCAUACCUGGUGGGAAGAGUCGAAUAACUACACUGAGUUCGACCAUCUCAAUGACAGUAGCUGAGACCACCCCAACAGCGAUAUCAGCAGAGACAGUGACAUCAGCUGAGGCCACCACACCUGCUGAGACUACCUCAGAAGCAACACCAGUUGAGACCAUCUCAAUUGCUGCACCAGCAGAGACCAUCCCAAAACUAGCAGAGGCCAUCCCAAAACUAGCUGAGACCAGAACAACAACUGCACCAGCAGUGACCACUCCUACACUGACAUCAUCUGACACUACCUCAGAAGCAACAGCAGCACAGGCCACUUCAACAACUACAUUGGCAAAGACCAUCUCCACAACUAUACUAGUUGAGACCACUCCAACAGCAGCACCAGCUGAGACAAGCUCAACAGAACCACCAGCUGAGAUCACUUCAACAACCACUCUCACAGACACCACCUACACAACUCUACCAGUUAAGACCAGCUCAACAUCGAUACCAGCGGAGAUCACCUCAACAGCAACAAAGACUUUCUCAACAGUUACACCAGGUGAGACCACUUCAACAAGUGCAUCAGGUGAGACCAGGUCAACAGCGACAGCAGCUGAGAGCACCUUAUCAACAACCUCAACAUCUACACCAAGUGCGACCACCACAUCAAUGACAGUAGCUGAAACCACCCCAAUGGAGAUACCAGCAGAGACUGCUUCAAGAGUUACACCAGCAGAAACCACCCCAACAACUACUUCAGGUGAGACCAACCCAAAAGCUACACCAAGUGGGACCAGCUCAAGAGUGCCACAAACUGAGACCACCUCGACAAUGACAUUAUCUGAGAGUUCAACAACCACGGCAGCUGAGACAACUACAACAAACACACCCACAGGGAUAACAGCCCAAAGUACAACAGGACAGACAUCUUCCCAAAUUACUGCAGGAGAGAUCAUGUCCCCAUCUACUGGAGGAGAGACCAUGGCACAAAAUAGUGCAGGAGAGACCACAACACAAACUACUUCAGGAAAGACCAUGCCCAAAACUGCUGCAGAAGAGACAAUGUCCCAAACUACAACAGGAGAGAGAUUGUCCCAAUCUACUACAGGAAAGGUCACGUCCCAAACUACUGCAGGAGAUACCACGGCCCAAACAACUACAAGAAAGAUCAUGUCCCCAAUUACAAUGGGAGAGAAGAUGUCCCUGUCUACUGCAGGGGAGAUAAUGUCCCGAAUGACAACAGGAGAGAGUAUGUCCCAAAGUACAACAGGAGAGACCACGGCCCAAACUACUGCAGAAGAGAUAACAUCAAAAACUACCAUAGGAGAGAUCAAUUUCCCAUCUACUGUGGGGGAGACUGCAUCCUUAAAUAUUGAAGGAGAGACUAUGUCUCAAUCAACAACAGGAAAAAUCAAAUCUCAAAGCACUGACGGAGAAUCCACAACUCAAACUACUGCAGGAGAGACUCUGUCCCAAAGUAGAAUAGGAGAGACAACAAUACAACCUACCACAGAAGAGAUCAUGUCCCAAACUGCAACAGGGCAGACGAUGUCCGAAUCUACUGCAGAAACCAAGGCAAAAACUACUGCAGGAGAGACCAUAUCCCUAACUACUGAAGGAUCGUUCAUGUCCCAAUCCACAGCAGGAGAGACCACGGUCCAAGCUAUCGUUGGAGAGAUCAUGUCUGAAAUUACAACAGGAGAGACCAUAUCACAAUCUACUGCAGGACAAAACAUGGCCCAAACUGCUUCAGGAGAGACUAUGUCCCAAACUAUUGAAGAAGCGACCACAUUUGAAACUUCUGCAGGAGAGACCAUGUUGCAAACUACAACCAGAGGGAAUACAUCCCAAACUACAAAAGGAGAGAUGAUAUCCCAGUCUACAACAGGAGGGAACACAUCCCAAGCUACUGCAAGAGAGACAAUGGCCCAAACGUCUGUAGGAACGAUUGUGUCUCCGACUACAACAGGAGAGACAAUGACCCAGUUUAUUGCAGGGGAGAUGAAGUCUCAAACGACAGUAGGACAGAGUAUAUCCCAAACUAUUGCAGGGGAGACCACAGCCCAAAGUACUGCUGGAGAGACCACAUCCGAAAAUACUAGAGGAGUGACAAUGUCUCAAUCUACAACAGGAAAAAUCAUGUCUCAAACUAUUGAAGGUGAAACCACGUCCCAAACUGCUGCAGGAGAGUCCAUGUAUGAAACCACAGCAGGAGAGACAAUAGCCCAGACUACUGCAGGAGAGACAAAGUUCAAAACUACCACAGGAGAGAUCAUGUCCCAAACUGCAUACAAACAGACCACAUCCCAAAUUAUUGCAGGAGAGACCACAUCCCAAAGUACAACAGGACAGAUGUUCCAAACUACAGCAGGAGAGACCAUGUCUCAAACUAUUACAGGAGGGACCACAUCCCAAACUACAACAGGAGAGACUACAGCCCAAACAACUGCAGGAGAGAUGAUGUCCCAGAGUACAACUGGAGAUACAAUGUCUCAAUCUACUACAAUAGAGACCAUGUCUCAAACUAUUGCAGGAGAGACUACGGCCCAAGCUACUGCAGUAGAGACAACAUCUCAAACUACUGCAGGAGAGGCGAUGUCCCAAUAUAUAUCCCAACCUACAACUCGAAAAAUUAUAUCCUUAAGUACUCAAGGAGAUUUCACAUUCAAAACUACCACAGGAGAUACCAUGUCCCAAACUACAACAGGAGAGACGAUAUUCCAAAGUACACCAGGUGAGACCACAGCCCAAACAAAUGCAGGAGUGAUCACAUCCCAAACUACUGCAGAACAGGACAUGUCCCAAUCAACUGUGGGAGAGACUAUAUCCCAAGUUAGGGCAGGAGGGACAACAUCCCAAACUACUUCAGGAGAAACCAUAUCCCUAACUACUGAAGGAGAGAUCAUGUCCCAAUCUACAACAGGACAAGUCAUGUCUCUAACUAGAGAAGGUGAAACUACGUCCCAAUCUACUGCAGGAGAGGCCAUCACCCACGCAACUGAAGGAGAGACAACAUCCCAAUCUACCACAGAUGAAGUCAUGUCCCAAACUGCAACAGAAGAAACCACAUCCCAAACUAUUGCUGGAGAGAUGAUGCUUCAAUCUACUAUAGGAAAGAUCAGGUCACAAACUACUACUACAGAAGAAGGCAUGACCCAAACUAUUGAAGGAGAGACCAUAUCCCAAUCUAUAACUGGAAAGAUCAUAUCCCAAAGUACUGACGGGGUAUUAAUGUCCCAAACUACCACAGGGAAGAUUACGUCCCAAACUACAACAGAGGAGACCACUUCCCAAACGACUGCAGGAGAGACCAGGCCCCAACGUACAACAGGACAGACAUCGUUCCAAACUACCAUAGAAGAGAUCAUCGCCCAAAAUACUGCUGAAGAGAUCACGUCCCAAACUAGAACAGAUGAGACCACUUCCCUAACUACUGCAAGAGAGACCAGACCCCAAAGUACAAUAGAACAGACAACAUCGCAAAUUACCACAGGAGUGAUCAUGUCUGAAACUGAGACUACCACAGGAAGGACCAUAUCCCAAACUACUGCAGGAGAUCUCAUGUCCCAAUCCACUGCAGGUGACACCACGGCCCAAACUACCAAAGGAGAGAUCAUGUCCGAAACUACAAUAAACAAGACAACAUCAAAACCUCCCACAGGAGAGAUCAUGACACAAACUACUGCAGGAGAGACCAUGUCCCAUUCUCCUGCCAGAGAGACUACAUCCAAAACUACAAUAGGACAGACAUUGUCCCAAACUACUGUAGGAGCGACAACGUCCCAAAGUACAACAGGAGAGUCCACGGCCCAAACUAUUGCAGAGGAAACCACAUCUGAAACUUCUGCCGAAGUGACCAUUUCCCAAACUACAACAGGUGAGAUCAUGUCCCAAAUUACAACAGGAGAAACAAUGUCCCAAUCUACCACAAGAGGGACCGCAUUCCAAACUACUGUGGGAGAGACCACGGCCCAAACUAGUGAAGGAAAGAUCAUGUCCCCAACUCCAACAGGAGAGACAAUGUCCCAGUCUACUGCAGGCGAGUUGAUGCCCCAAACUACAGCAGGGGAGAGCAUGUCACAAAGUACAACAGGAGGGAUUAUAUCGCAAACUAUUACAGCAAGGAUCACAUCUGAAACCGCUACAGGAGAGACAACAUCACAAACUCCAACAGGUGAGACCACGACCCCAACUACUGAAGGAGAGACCAUGUCCCUAUCUACAUCAGGAAAAAUGUCUCAAACUACUGAAGGUGAAAUCACGUCCCAAACUGCUGCAGGAGAAACCACAUCCCAAUCUUCUGCAGGUGAGACCAUGGACCAAACUACUGCAGCAGAGAGGACAUCAAAAACGACCUCAGGAGUGAUCUCGUCCCAACAUACAACAGGACAGACAUCAUCCCAAAUUACUGCAGGAGAGAUCAUGUCCCAAUCUACAACAGGAGAGAUAAUGUCACAGUCUACUGCAGGACAGACCAUGUCCCCAGCGACUGCAGUAGAGACCACACCCCAAACAAUUGUUGGGGAGACUAUGGCCCAAACUACUGCAGGAGAGACUGCAUCGCAAACUACGGCAGGAGUCACCACGACACAAAGUACCGCAGGAAACGCAACAUCCCAAACUAUUGCAGGAGAGAUGAUGUCCCAAGCUACAUCAAGAGAGACAACAUCCCAAAUUACAACAGGAGAGACCACACCCCAAACUACUGCAGAGAUGACAAUGUCCCAAACUACAGCUGGAGAGACUACAUCUCGAAGUACAACAAGGGAGACGACAGCCCAAACAACUGUAGAAGAGAUCAUGUCCAAGGCUACAUCAGAAGUGAACAUAUCCCAAACUAUUGCAGAAGAGAUCAAGUCCCAAACUACAACAGGAGGAACCACAGCCCAAACUCCUGCAGGAAAGACAAUGUCAAAAACUACCACAGGAAAGAUCACCUCACAAACUAUUGUUGGAGAAACCAUGUCCCAAACUACUCCAGGAAAAACCACAUCCCUAACUACUGAAGGAGAGCCCAUGUCCCAAUCCACAUCAGGAAAAAUCAUAUCCCAAACUACCACAGGAGAGAUCAUUACACAAACUAUUGCAGGCAUGAUGAUGCCUCAAACUACAAGUGAGACCAUGUCUCAGUCUACUGCAGGUGAGAUAAUGUCCCAAAUUACAGUGCGAGAGAUGACGUCCCAGAGUACAACAGAAGAGACAAUGUCUCAAUCUACUACAGGAGAGAUCAUGUCUCAAACUACAUCAGAAGAGACCACAUCCCAAACUACUGUAGAACAGACCAUGUCCCAAACAUCAACAGGUGUGACCAUGUCCCAAUCUACUACAGGAGAAACAACACCCCAACUUACUGCAGGGGUUAUGAUGUCCCAAACUACAGAAGAAGAUACAAUAUCUCAAAGUACAAUGGGAGAGACUAUGUCCCAAACUAUUGCAGGAGAGACCGUGUCCCAAACGACUACAGGAGAGACUAUGUCAAAAUCUAACGCAGAAGAAAUCAUGUCGCAAACUACAAUAGGAAAAACCAGAUCCCUAUCUACUGAAGGAGAGACCAUGUCCCAAUCAACAAAAGAGAAAAUCAUAUCCGAAAGUAGUGAAGAAUCCACAGGAUUAUCCAAAACUACCACAGGAGAGACAGCAUCCCAAACUACUGCAGGAGUGACCACGACCCAAACUACUGCAAUAGAGCCAACAUCCCAAACUACUGCUGGAGUGAUCACAUCCCAUCAUACAACAGGACAGUCAUUAUCCCAAAUUACAGGAGAGAUCAUGUCCCAAACUACAACAGGAGAGACGAUGUCACAGCCCACAUCCACAGAAAAGACCACAUCCCAAACAACCACAGUAGAGACCACGUCUCAAAGUACAACAGGAAAGACAAUGGCCCAAACUAUUGCAGGAGAGACUACGGCCCAAAGAACUGCAGGAGAAACAACACUUCAAAUAACAGCAGGAGAGAUCACAUCCAAAACCACUACAAGAGAGACAAUGUCCCAAACUCGAACAGGGGAGACCACAGCCCAAAGUACAACAGGAGAGAUCACGGCCCAAAAUACUGCAGGAGAGACAGUGUCAAAAACUAACACAGGAGAAUCCAUGUCUCAAACUACUGCAGGAGAAACAACAUCCAUAACUACUGAAGGAGAGAUCAUGUCCCAAUCUACAAUAGGAAUAAUCAUAUUGCAAAGUACUGACGGAGAAUCCACAUCCACCACUUCCAUAGGAAAGAACACAUCCCAAAUUACUACAGGAGAAACCAUGUCCCAUAGUAGAACAGGAGAGACGGUGUCCCAGACUACUGCAGGAGUGACCACAUUCCAAACUUCAGCAGAACAGACCACGUCUCAAACUACAAAUGGAGAGACCAUGUCCCAAUCUAAAAGAGUAGAGGCCACAUCCCAAAGUACUGCAGGAGAGAUGACGCCCCAAACUACAGCAGGAGAGUCUAUGUCCCAAAGUACAACAGGAGAGACUACAGCCCAAACCUCUGAAGGGGGGACCACAUCCCAACUUACAACAGGACUGUCACCCCUCCAAACUACAGCAGGAGUGCUAAUGUUACAAACUACAGAAGGAGAGACAAUGCCCCAAGCUAUCACAGAAGAGACCAUGUCUCAAACUGUAACAGGACAGACAAUGUCCCAAAUCACUGCUGGAGAGACACAAGCUGAAACUACUGCAGGAGAAACAACGGCCCAAACUACUGUAGGAGAGACCACAUCCCAACGUACAACAGGACAGACAUCAUUCCAAACUACUACAGGAGAGAUCACAUCCAAAACUAAUACAGGCGAGACGAUGUCCCAAACUACUACAGAAUUGACCUCAUCUCAAACUUUUGCGGAACAGACCAUGUCCCAAUCUACUACAGUAGAGACCACAUCCCAAACUACUGCAGGAGAGAUGACAUCCCAGACUACAGCAGGAAAGUCAAUGUCCCAAAGUACAACAGGAGAGACCACGGCCCACAUCUCAGAAGGGGAGACCACAUCCCAGCUUACAACAGGACAGUCAUCGUCGCAAACUAAUGCAGGAGAGAUAGUGUCACAAACUAUUGAAGGAAAAACAACAUUCCAAAUUAUUACAGAAGAGACCAUGUCUCAAACUGUAACAGGACGGAUGAUGUCCCAAAUCACUGCAGGAGAGACAACAGCUGAAACUACUGCAGGAGAGACAACGUCCCAAAUUACUGCAGGAGAGACCACGUUAAAAACUACAAUAGGAGAGCCCAUGUCCCAGACUACAACAGGAGAGAUGAUGUCACAAUCUAAACUAGCAGAAACCACAUCCCAAAGUACAACAGGAGGGGCAAUAGCCCAAACGACUGCAGGAGAGACGAUGUCCCAAUCAACUACAGGAGAGACCACAUCCCAAAUUACUGCAGGAGAGACCACGACUCAAACUACAUUAGGAGGGACUUUGUCCCAAACACCAACAGUCGAGAACACAGCCCAAACUACUGCAGGCGAGACCACGUUAAAAACUACCAUAGGAGAGAUCACGUCCCAAACUGCAGCAGAACAGACUAUGUCCCAAACUACUGGAGGAGAGAUGAUGUCCCAAAGUACAGCAAAGUACACUACCACCGAAGAGACAAUGUCUCAAUCUACUACUGAUGAGACCACGUCCCAAAUUAUUGCAGGAGAGACCACAGCCAAUGCUACUACUAUUGAGACAACAUCCCAAACUACUGCAGGAGAGACCACAUCUCAAACUACUGCAGAACACACCAUGUCCCAAACUAUGACAGGAGAGACCAUGUCCCAAACUGCAACAGGUGAGAUCAAGGCCCAAACUACAGUAGUACAGACCUCGUCCCAAACUAUUGGAGGAGAGACUAUGGCCAAAGCUACUGCAAUAGAGACAACAUUCCAAAAUGCUGCAGGUGUAUCCAUGACCCAAAGUACUGCUGUAAAGCCAACAUUCCAAACUAUUGCAGGAAAGAUGACAUCCGUAAGUACUACAGAAGACAUGAUGUCCCAAACUACUGCAGGAGAGAUCAUAUCCCAAGCUGUUGUAGGAGAAGCCACAUCCCCAACUUCUGAAGGAGUGACCAUGUCCCAAUCUACAUCAGGACAAAUUGUAACCCAAAGCACUGAAGGUGAAACCACAUCCAAAACUACUGCAGGAGGAACAACAGCCAAAACUACUACAGGAGAGAUUACAGACCAAGCUCCAACAGGAGAGAAAAUGUCCGAAACUACCAGAGGAGGGACCACAUCCCAAACUAUUGCAGGAGAGACAAUGUCUCAAUCUAUUACAGGAGAGACUACAUCCAGAGCUAUUGCAGGAGAGACUAUGGCCCAAGCUACUGGAGGAGAGACAACAUCUCAAACUACUGUAGGAGAGAUCACACCUGAAACUACUACAUGGAAGACAAUGUCCCAAACUGCAACAGGUGAGACCACGGCAGUAGAGACCGCCACCCCUACUACUUCAGGAGAGACGAUGUCCCAAACUAUAACAAGAGUGACCACAUUCCAAUCGACCACAACAGAGACCACAUCCCAAAUUACAGCAGGAGAGAUUACGUCCCAACGUACAAUAGGACAGACAUUGUCCCAAACUACCGCAGGAGUUGUCAUGUCCCAAACUACUGAAGGAGAGACAAAGUCCCAAACUAUGUCUCAAAUGGCAACAGGAAUGAAUAUGUCCCAAAUUACUGCAGGAUUUGCCUCAUCCCAAACUCCUGCAGAACAGACCAUAUCUCAAACUACAACCGGAGAGACCAUGUCCCAAUCUACUACAGUAGAGACUACAUCUCAAACUAUUGCAGGACAGAUGCCAUUCCAAACUACAGCAGGAGAGUCUAUGUCCCAAAGUACAACAGGAGAGACUACAGCCCCAACCUCUGAAGGGAUAACCACAUCGCAACUUGCAACAGGACAGUCAUCGUCGCAAACUACUGCAGGAGAGACAACGUUAAAAACUACCAUAGGAGAGAACAGGUCCAAAACUACUGCAGAACAGACUAUGUCCCAAACUACUGGAGGAGAGAUGAUGUCCCAAAGUACAACAAAGUACACUAACACAGAAGAGACGAUGUCUCAAUCUACUACCGAUGAGACCACGUCCCAAACUAUUGCAGAAGAAACCACGGCCCAUGCUACUGCAGUUGAGACAACAUCCCAAACUACUACAGAACAGACCAUGUCCCAAACUACAACAGGAGAGACCAUGUCCCAAACUGCAACAGGUGAGAUCACAGCCCAAGCUACCGCAGUAGAGACCUGGUCCCAAACUACAAGAGGAGAGAUGAUGUCCCAAAGUACAACAGGGGAGACCACAUCCCAAACUACUCCUGGAGAAACCAUGUCGAGUACAACAGGAGAGACAAUGUCUCAGUCUACUACAGGAGAGAUCACGUCCAGAAAUAUUGCAGGAGAGAGCACGGUCCAAGCUACUGCAAUUGAGACCUCAUCCCAAACUACUGGAAGAGAGGAGAUGUUCCAAAAUACAACAGGGGAGACCAUGUCUCAAACUACUGCAGGAGAGCCCACGUUCACAACUAUUUCAGGAAAGAUCAUGGCCCAAGCUACUGGAGGAGGGACAACAUCCCAAAUUAUUGAGGGUGUAACCGUGGCCAAAAGUACUGCAGCAGAGGCAAAAUCACAAACUAUUGCUGGAGAGAUGACAUCCAAAAUUACUGCAGGAGAGAAAAUGGCUCAAACUACUGAAGGAGAGAUGACAUUAAAAACUACUAUAGGAGAGGCCACGUCCCAAACUAUUGCAGAGCAGACCAUCUCCCAAACUACUGGAGGAGAGGUGAUGUCCAAAACCACAAUUCGGGAGACGAUGAGCAAAAUUACUGCAGGAAAGACAAUGGUCAAAGCUACUAUAGGAGCAACCAUGGCCCAAACUACUACAGGAGAAACCAUGGCCCAAACUACUGCAGGAGAGACCUCAGACGAGACAACGUUAAAAACUACCACAGGAGAGAUCAUGUCACAAUCUACUGUUGGGGAGACCACAUCCCAAACUAUUCCAGGAGAGACUAUGGCCCAAAGUACUGCAGUAGAGAUAACAUCCAAAACAACUACAGGAGAGAUCACAUCUGAAACUACUACAGGAGAGAUAAUGUCCCAAUCUCCUGCCGUAGUGACCACAUCCCAAACUACUACAGAACAGUUCAUGUCCAAAACUAUAUCAGGAGAGUCCAUGUCUCAAUCUACUACAGUAGAGCCCACAUCCGAAACUGUUGUAAGAGAGAUCACAUCAGCAACUAUUACAGGAGAGACAAUGCCUCAAACUGCAACAGGUGAGACCACGGCCCAAACUAUUGCAGUAGAGACCUCGUUCCAGACUACUGCAGGACAGAUGAUGUCCCCAAGUACUACUGGGGAGACAAUGUUGCAGAGUACAACAAGAGAGCCAAUGUCUCAAUCUAUUACAGGAGAGACCACAUCCAGUAUAACAGGAGAGACUAUGUCCCACGCUACUGGUGGAGAGACAACAUCCCAAACUACUACUGGCAUGACCAGGACCCGAAGUCCUGCUGGAGAGAUAACAUCCCAAACUACUGCAGGAGAAAUAACAUCCCUAACUACUGCAGGAGAG